AUGAAAGCUCGAAACAAUCAGUUAAAUAUUAUAGGGAUUGUUGGCUCAAUUGAUAACGAUUUUUGUCAAACAGACAUAACUACCGGCGCCGACACAGCAUUGCAUCGCAUUGUCGAAGCGGUGGAUGCCAUCGCAACCACUGCCACCAGCCAUCAGAGAGCAAUGGUUAUUGAAGUGAUGGGCAGAAAUUGCGGAUAUUUAGCUCUGGUGUCAGCCCUUGCAUUGGAGGCAACUUUUACUUGUAAUCAUAUUAUAUGUGAUUUAAUUCUUGCAAAUAAAUUCUUUGAUGUUUAUUAUGGCUGUUGUGGUGAUCUAGUCUUCCCGGAAUCGCCGCCUGGAAAUGAUUGGCCAGAAUUCUUGUGUCAAAAGAUUGAAAUUGAGAGAAAGAACGGCCGAAGACUUAAUAUAAUUAUUGUUUCCGAAGGAGCGCUCGAUUUAAACGGAAAGCAAAUUACUGCACAAAAUGUGAAGAAAAUUAUCUCUGAGAAAGCGAAACGAGACGUAAGACUAACCAUUUUGGGUCACAUUCAACGCGGAGGUCACACUUCGGCAUACGAUCGCAUACUGGGUAGUCGUAUGGGCGCCACCGCCGUCGAGGUUUUGAAAGAAAACACACAAAACGCUGAGUCUUGUGUUUUAGCUAUAAAUGGUAAUCAAAUAAGUAAGAGACCACUCAUGGAAACUGUGAAACAGACACAAUCGGUUGGAGUGGCGAUGGAUAAGAAAGAGUGGGAUAAGUGUCUUGAGUUAAGAGGAAAGAGUUUCGUAAGAAAUUUCAAGACAUUUAAAUCGAUUCAUAGAAUAUAUUCUGGAGAAUGCGAUAAAUCAAAGGGAUUGCGGUUUGCGGUCAUUCAAGUGGGAGAGCCAUCGCCCGGAAUGAAUGCCUCUGUGCUCUCAUUUGUGAGACAUAUGAUAAUUGGCGGACACACUGUCUUUGGAAUUCGUGAUGGUUUUGAUGGACUAAUUAGUGGCAACUAUCACGAGAUAAAGUGGUCAGAUGUGAACAACUGGACUUCUCAAAGUGGAGCCCUUAUGGGCACCAGUAAAGUGCCGCCCGAUAUGUCUGAGCAACAAUUGGAAACAGUGGCCAAACAUUUCAAGAGUUUUCAACUCAAAGGUUUGCUAGUGAUCGGGGGUUUCCGAGCAUUUCAAUUGGCCAUUAAAUUGAUUGAAGUUCGCAACCAUUUUGUUGAACUUAAAGUACCCGUCUGUAUAAUACCGGCCACUAUUGAUAAUAACAUUCCCGGAACCGACUUCUCUUUGGGAACGGACUCCACUCUCAACAAAAUCACUAAUCUAUGCACUGAUAUCGCCGUCUCUUUAAGAGGAACCAAAAGGCGUUUAUUCAUAAUUAAAAUUGAAUCUCAUUUUUGUGGUUAUUUGACGGUAUUAUCUGCAGUGGCUUCCGGUGCCGAUUACUGUUACAUAUUUGAGAGUAAUUUCACCAUCGAUUCGGUCAAAGCGGAUGCCAAUAAUAUUAAGACAAAAAUGCUUUCCGACGAUAGAAACCGAUUGAUAAUUGUGUACAUGAACGGAAAGGCAAACAUUAAACUUCAAACCAAAACAAUUGCCGAGAUUUACACCGAAGAAGGAAACGGUGUUUUCAUCACAAGUUUUGUUGAUUUAGCAAAUUUACAGCAAAGCAUAAGUCCUUCACCUUUCGACAGAAUAUUGGCCAUUAAAUUUGGCUACCGGUGCGGCGAUUGGCUCUUAAAUAACUUGCAAUCAAACAAUGCAGUUGUGAUCGGAAUUAUAGAAAAACGUUACACUUUCAGUAAUAUUACAGAUCUUAUACCGCAAACAGACUUCGAGUAUUACUUUUAA